AUGUCGGCCCAGUCUCAGCCCCACAUGCUCAAAACCCAACCGCAGAGCGACGCGUCCCCGUCCGCGCCCGCGGCGCCGCCGCGGCGGCCGCUGCCCCCUCCGCCGGGGCAGUUCCGGCUCACGGAGCAGGCGCUGAGCGUCAUCUCGGAGCCGGUGGUGGCGGCGUUCUGCGCGGGCGGCGCGGCGGGCGCGGUGUCGCGCACCGUGGUGUCGCCGCUGGAGCGCCUCAAGAUCCUGUUCCAGGUGCAGAGCGCCGGGCGCGACGAGUACAGGCUCGGCGUCGGCAAGGCGCUCGGGAAGAUGUGGCGCGAGGAGGGCUGGCGCGGGUUCAUGCGCGGCAAUGGCACCAACUGCAUACGCAUCGUGCCGUACUCGGCGGUCCAGUUCGGCAGCUAUAAUUUCUACAAGCGGAGUUUAUUCGAGGCGUACCCCAAUGCCGACUUGAGCCCUCUUACACGCUUAACCUGCGGAGGUAUGGCUGGUAUUACCUCGGUGACGUUCACCUACCCCCUCGACAUCGUUCGGACGCGCCUCUCGAUCCAAUCCGCCUCAUUCGCGGUCCUCGGAUCGAAACCGAAGGAACUUCCCGGGAUGUGGGCGACGAUGGCGUCCAUGUACAAGAAUGAGGGAGGGUUUGCCGCCUUAUACAGAGGCAUUAUUCCCACGAUUGCGGGAGUGGCACCAUACGUGGGCCUGAACUUCAUGGUGUACGAACACAUACGGACGUACCUAACGCCCGAGGGAGAAAAGAGUCCCGAUGCUUGGAGGAAACUCCUCGCCGGUGCGGUCUCGGGAGCCGUCGCGCAGACGUGCACAUAUCCAUUUGAUGUGCUUCGUCGCCGGUUCCAGAUAAAUACCAUGUCUGGAAUGGGUUACCAGUACAAGUCGAUACCAGACGCAGUCAGGGUCAUCGUGACGCAGGAAGGCAUAAAAGGCCUGUAUAAGGGUAUUGUCCCGAACCUGCUCAAGGUCGCGCCAAGUAUGGCCUCGAGCUGGCUGAGCUUCGAGGUUGCCCGGGAUUUCUUCGUCAGCCUGAAGCCGGCAGAGGACGUUCUCCUGCAAUAA